GAGUACGUGACCGCCAUCGACUCCGGGGGGGUUGACGUGGAGCGGCCAGGUGGAAGGCGGACAAGGCGGUAUGAGGUGCUUUUCUCCACGAGCGUCUACUGUUCCGGGGAGUAACCGAUGGGGAAUGCCGCAUGAUGGACAGAACUGUGUAGGAUGGAGUGCCCCGACUGCAGGUGUGGAUGGGCAACGUCAACAACCACAAAUUGUCGGGGUGGGGGGAAGCAAGGGAGCGCUGUCCAUGGCGGUCGAACCAGAACCGUCGCUUGCCCAAGGGUCGGUGGGCGUUGAGCAUGGACUGGGACCGUACUCGUCUAUGUUGCAGUGCGGCAAUAGUGGAUCGGACAUGCAGCCCACAUCGCGGUUUCAACCUUCGAGAAACUUGGGCGGCAAGGACGUGGGUCCACCAUCACUUGGAGGUUCUGAAGGAGCUUAUGGGAAUGCAGAUUGCAACGUGGGGGAUGCGUGGAUGGGUGGUGUGUCGGAUAUUGUCGGCACCCAAUACGAAGGGUGCUCCAGUGCCGGUUCGGAUGGGGAGUUUAAUGUGAAGGGGCGGUCUGAUGUUUCCAACAAUGAUGGCAGCCCGAGGCGUAUACCUGCAGGUGGAGGGGGUAGUGAUGGUGAACCUACAGCAAAAGGAAAGGCCCGUUCACUGCCAGGUGGAGGGGGUGGUGAUGGAGAACCUGCAGCAAAAGGAAAGCCCCGCUCUCCUGAUUGGAGCACUAACGAGAGCGUGCGGCUGCUUCGCUCUCUAUUCGAGGAAGACGCUCUGCAACAAAAGAGGAAAGGAAGACAGAAAAUGCGCACGAGGAAGGAGAAGUACGGGUGGAUCAUUUUGAAGCUCGUGGAGAAAGGUUUCAAGCCCCGCAACGUUGAAGAGUGUGAAUGCAAGUUCUACAGCCUGCUCGACAACGAGAAGAGGAUCAGUGACUUUCACUUGAGAUCCAGUGAAUGGAUCUAUUGGAACAUGGAUCGGUGGAAAUUGCGGAAGGCAGAGUGGUCUUGUGAAGGGGUUAUGAGUUUCGUUCAAUAUAAUGAAGGAGGGCUGAGUGCUGUGACAGACAAUGAUGACACAGGUGGUGGGAGCGGCAGCCUUGCUCCACGAAGGCGUGAGGGGAGCGACGCAGCUGAAGGGUCGAAGAGUGCACGUACGGAGGUGGGGGGUGGAGGCGCUCGCCGCAACAGAUCUCAGUCAUCAGCGGAAGGGAACAUGGGGGGGACCUUCGCUGAUGUUGCACAUGCAUUGGUGGAAUCCAAUGACAGACAGGCCGAUAAAAUGGCAGGUAGUUUUGCGAAUGCCAUGGAUGUCAUCAACAACACCUUCGCACAGGGUAAUACCACGCUCCUCCAAUGUUUCACAAUGUUGUCCGGAUCACUGUCGGGACGUUCUGCAGAAAAGGAAACACAAUGAACGAAGGAGCAUGCACGACCCUGUUGGAGGUGAACGUCCGAUGUGAUUGAUGCAGCGGGUUCGCCGAUGAUAUCCACAGCCAAUGAUGCACCGGAGAC